UUGUCUCUUUCUUCCCUCAGAGCAAAAAAACCAUCCAUCUGUUUCUCUCAAACCAGAGCCGCCGCCGCCUCCCUCUACCGCCGCCCCGACGCCUCGCAGUCGCCUCCGCCGCGGGGCGCCUGAUCCACUUCGCCUUCCGGGUGCCAGAGACGCCCCGUGCAGAUCCGGAUAAUGGCUCAUCGGGGCCACCUAGAUGGACGGAGUGCCCAAGCUCAAGGUCUGAUGCGCCAUGGUGCCUUCUCUGCAGCCAUCCUCUCUGGCCGCCAACAUUUGGAGCCUUCUCCUGCCACCACACUGGAAAUCCUGGAAGACAAGCUUGCCAUGCUGACUGCAGAGGCAGAAAAGCUCAUCAGGGAGAAUCAGCGAUUGUCAUCAAGCCAUCAGGUCUUAAGACAGGAUAUUAUUGAUACUGAGAAAGAAAUGCAAAUGAUCCGCACCCACCUAGGUGAUGUCCAGUUAGAUACGGAUAUGCAGAUAAGAGAUUUGGUGGAGAGAAUAAGAUUAAUGGAGGCAGACAUACAGGCUGGUGAUGCAGUGAAGAAAGAACUUCACCAAGUGCACAUGGAGGCAAAGAGACUUAUUACCGAAAGGCAGAUGCUUACUUCUGAGGUAGAGAUUGUGACUAAAGAAUUACAGAAGCUCUCUGGGAACAACACUAACCUUGCCGAAUUGCUUGCUGAGCUAGAUGGGCUAAGGAAAGAGCAUCACAGUCUAAGAUCUGCGUUUGAGUAUGAGAAAAAUACAAACGUCAAGCAAGUUGAGCAGAUGCGGACAAUGGAAAUGAACUUGAUAACCAUGACUAAAGAGGCUGACAAGUUGCGAUUUGAUGUGGCGAAUGCUGAAAACCGGGCACAUGCUGCACAAGUGACAGCUCCACAACCUGGGACAGCACAAGCUGCAGGGGCAUCAGCAGCCACAAAUCCAUAUGCAAGUGCAUAUACCAAUCAAGCUGCGGCAUACCAGCAAGGAAACCCCCAAGCUGUGGCAUACCAGCAACAGCAAGGAACCCCCCAAGCUGCAGCGUAUCAGCACGGAACCCCCCAAGCUGCGGCUUAUCAGCAAGGAACUCUCCAAGGUGGAGCAUAUCAGCAAGGAACCCCGGCUGGAACAUAUGCGUACCCAACAGCAUUUGAUACUGCUAACGCUUACCAGCCGCAUGCUGCGCAGGCUAGUGCAUAUGCAGGCUAUUCUGGCUAUCCUGUUGCAGGUUAUGCACAACCCAGCUAUCCUGGCACAUACGCUGCACCUCAGCACCCAGUAACUAGUGGCACAGCCACUGAUGUCACAUGCACAUACGGUGCGGUUGGUAGCGCAGGAUAUCCUGCUGGGGUGGUUCAGCCAAGCACUGGAGCUGCUAACGCGGGACAAGCACCGCCAGCCCCGCCAGCUCCUUAUCCCGCAACGUAUGAUCCAACCAGAGGAGCCCAGAGGUGAAAUCCGGGUUGUAACCUGAAUGUUAGACAUAUACCAUGAACAUUUUAUCGAACAAUGUCGCGGUUCUUGUUUCCCCUAUGUACAUUCUUCUCACAUAGCUUUGUGAACACCGUUGUGUCUCUGAGAACUUGUUGUACGGUUAAUUGUAGUUUGUGGUUUGGGGCUUGAUUAAUGGGCGAAAUUGUUAGUUAAUUUUUGUCAUUCCAGUGUUUGGAAAUGUAUAUAUUGAUCGUGCUUCUUGUA